UAUCCAGAACGCAUUGAGGUGCAUCACGUCCACAAGUUCCCUUUACGUCCCGGUCAAUGGUGCACCCAAGUUCCACUAAUCUGCCACCAUAUAGUGGAGUGGCACUUGCCGGAUCGAUGUCUACGACCAUUUGGACGUGAGCAAUGCCUACCAUUGAAUGUCCCGGAGAGUCAGAAGGGGUACCAUGGGAAAGAUGGCCGACAAGGACCUACUAAUUGGACGGAGGAGUAUUCGAAAUUGAUCUGCCUGUGGAAUGUUAGGCAAGAUCAGGAUAUUGUGACGGGAUCUCAUGUGGGGCGGAUGGGCUACCAUGACCCGUACAUGGAAACAUACCGAAGAUAAUCUGUUCGGUACAUGACUCCCGAAGGUGCGGCGGACGGAGCUUUGGUUGAUGGCAUCGAGCGAAUACACGACCUCGCGCGGACGACAAAUCAUUCGGCUGCGGGUCGAGAGGUGGGGCUCAUUCGAAGGAUAGCGAACAGUC